AUGCAGCAUGCCUACCCACCUGGCAUGAACCCCAAUCUGCCUUAUGUCGGAGGUGGGCCAGGCGGGAUGGCGGGAAGCAUGGUCGGCGGGGCUUUCCAUCCUGGACGAGCAUACGAAUCGUUGGGGUACGACUAUCAACUCCCCAAUCGAGGCUAUGCUGCCGAAAACUCUUGGUCCGGCUGGGACCUCGCUCAAGCUCAAUACGGAGGCAGGGACCCCGGGUUCGACAGAGGGUGGUUCGAUGGGAUCAUCGGGAGCGUCUCGUCCUUUUUCUCGAGUAGGAGGAUGAGGUACGACGACGCCAAAGAGGCUCAUAGGAGGAUCUACCACUACAAAGAGUACCAGACCAGCGGGUUCGAGGAUAUCUCGUCAAGGGUGCUCGGAGGCGCUGCGGCAUUCCAGGCGUUUCUGAUCUGGGACAAGGAACACUUUAGCGUCUAUCACGAGAGACCUUCUCAGGAGAAUCGCGAGAGGCUGAUCAGUCUCGCCGUCGGAGAACUGUACUCUCUUUACGAACGCCUCGGACUCCUUCCUACCACUAGGACCGCCACUCACACCCUUCGACUCAACGAAUCCGCCGAAGCGGCCGCUGCGACCGCCAAGUACUUGUACGAUCGUCACUACGACCCGGACGAGGGUGUCUACUCGAGAUAUGCUUCCGACGGAGGUAGCGGGAUGCGACACCGAAGGAGCGGAAGUUUCGCCGGAGGAGACGCCGAGUACGGACGUCCGAGGCGUAGCCAUCGUAGGCAUGGUAGUGAUUCGGGCAGGGAGUCCGACAGGGAGAGGGAGAGGGAAGAGAUGAUGCGGAGGGAUCAGAUGAGCCAGAUGAGCGGAGGCGGUAUGCCCGGAAUGAUGGGGAUGGGAGGGGGGAUGGGCAUGGGUAUGGGCUCUCCUUACGGGAUGCGAGCACCCAUGUCAGCUCCUGCGGGUAUGAUGAACCCUAUGAUGGGAGGUAAUCCCAUGGGGGCGAUGAUGGGUAACCCGAUGGCCAACUCGAUGAUGCAUGGUGGGAACAACAUGGCGAUGAUGCAGCAACAGAUGCAGAACCCGAUGAUGAUGCAGGGUGGAGGACAACAGCUCGAGAACAUGAUGAUGGGACAGAACGCUGCUGUUCACGGUCAAGCCUUCCCCGGGAUGACUCCCGAAUACGCUCAUCGUAUGGAAGGCGAGGGACCUGUCCCGGGCACCCGGAGCUAUUACGACAUGAUGACCAUGCAAAACGGCAUGGGAGGUGGCAUGGGCAACAUGAUGGGAAACGGUAUGGGAAUGGGAAUGGGAUAUGGAGGCCAAGGUUAUGGAGGACAAGGGUACGGCGGUCAAGGAAUGGCCGGGAUGAUGCAAGGCGGAUACGGCACGCCAAGGAGUUGGUACGGCAGGCAAUGA